AUGGCAACUCAUGCGGUUCUGUCAAAUGGCGCGAACACGUGGAGAGCUCUAGCAUGUCACAAAUCAGAGCUGCGACUGGAUCUCACUCUUGCUUGUGGGCAGUCUUUCCGCUGGAGAGAGACCGCAGACGGCCACUGGACCGGAGUGAUCGGAGGACGCGUGUGGACACUGACACAGACAGAUGACACUUUGUGGUAUCACGUUUACAAACAAAAUGUAAGAGAAGCAAGUAAAGAAGAAAAGGGAGAAAAUGUUGGCGUUUUCCGCAAUGAAAAGAAGUUGCAGAUCAAAUGUGAAGGAGCAAUGAAGGAGGAAGAAGUCGUUAACCUCCGGCAUGACAAAAAUGAUGAAGCCACCCUGAGAGAUUAUUUCCAAUUAAAAGUGAAUCUGUGUGAUCUGUACAAGAAAUGGGGCGCAAGAGACCCGCACUUCAAAAAAAUAGCUGACAUCUUCACAGGCGUGCGGAUGCUCCGGCAGGAUCCCACUGAAUGCCUCUUUUCCUUUAUUUGCACCUCCAACAACCACAUUUCUCGUAUCCAAGGCAUGGUGGAGAGGUUGUGUCAGGCCCAUGGUAACUUUCUCUGCCAGCUGGAUGAAACCUCAUACUAUGACUUUCCUUCUCUGUCUGCAUUAGCAGACAGCAGUGUAGAAGCAUGCCUCAGGAAACUUGGUUUUGGCUACAGAGCUCGGUUCGUGCAACAAAGUGCAAAGCAGAUUUUAAACCAGCAUGGUCCUGAAUGGCUUGAAACUCUGCGUAGUGUCCCAUAUGUGGAGGCUCGUGAUUCUCUCCGUGCCUUCCCUGGGGUGGGCAUUAAGGUGGCAGAUUGUGUAUGUCUGAUGUCCCUGGAUAAGGCAGGCACUGUGCCAGUUGACACUCACGUGUGGCAAAUUGCCAAGCGGGACUAUAAAUACGCAGCCAGCAAUGAACCCAAAAGCCUCACAGAUAAGAUGCACAAAGACAUUGGGGAUUUCUUUAGGAAUCUGUGGGGUCCUUAUGCUGGCUGGGCACAUUCUGUGUUAUUCUGUGCUGAUCUCAAGAAAUUCCAAAAGAUGAAAGAAAUGCCACACCUGAAAAGAGCAAAGAACGACUAUGACUUAGAAAUGUAUGGUGAAAAAAAAAAAGCCUCAACAAGCAAAAGUAGCGUAGCCUGCAGUUGCCAAUGA